AUGUUUUAUAUAUUCCUAGCCCUUGUUUUGGCCAUAAUCCACCAUUCCCUUGCAGAGCAAGUGCAAACGGAGCAAACAAUUGUCGAGGAAUGGAGCUGGCAAGACAACGGCAACGGAGACUUUGACCGUUAUCACUACUACUCAGCGCUAGAUAAUGAUGAUGAUUUGGACGGCGAUGAGGAUAAAAGCGACUAUGAAUAUGAAGAGGAUGGCGGGGCAACUGCCGCCGGCUGGGACCAGGAUGAGGAGACGUGCGAGCAAAGCUGUCCCCGAUACUACCGCCCCGUCUGCGUUCUCCGCAAUGGCCGCAAUGUGACAUUUGCCACGCUCUGCGAGUUCCACAACGAAGUACGAUGUGCCCACGAUCUGAGAAGACAAGGUCCUGGCUAUACGGUGCCCAUUUUUCAAUACCAACAUGAUGGUGUCUGCUAGACAAUAAGAUUUAUUCAGGAAUAAUCACGAAUAUUGGGAAAGUGAGGGGAAUACAAAUGAGGAUGAAAUUAAAGAGGAGGGUGCUAUGACAACUC